AUGUCGCUGUCUCAUUUUGGCGGGAACGUGAGCGCCCUCACGCGAGAACCCACCAAUGGCGCCCAGGGAUCAUGUGUGCAAGUGGGCGCGGGAGAGGAGAGGGUGUCCCUUACUAACCGAACCAUAAAACCAGGCAGGCAGAGGGCAGAAGGGCUGGCAGGAGGGCUGGUGGGCAGGCGGGCAAGCGGGCAGGAGGGCAAGCGGGCAGGAGGGCAAGCGGGCAGGAGGGCAGGUGGGCAGGAGGCAAGCGGGCAGGAGGGCAAGCGGGCAGGAGGGCAGGAGGGCAAGCGGGCAGGAGGGCUGGUGGGCAGGCGGGCAAGCGGGCAGGAGGGCUGGUGGGCAGGAGGGCUGGUGGGCAGGCGGGCAAGCGGGCAGGAGGGCAAGCGGGCAGGAGGGCAG